UUAUCAUUGGCCAACUUUAUUUACGACGGUCUACACGUAUGUAUGUGUCAUUUGUGUGUCUGUGUAGGGAGCGUAAUGUCGUCGACACCUUCGAUAAGCGUCAGCAUGAGUCCCGAGACGCACAUGCGCUUGAGUUCCGAGAAGCUCAUGCGAUUAGCAAGACCGUUUUCACCUUGUGCGAGAUCGGUGCGGUAUCAUGACGGUCAAACGUGGAUCGACGAAGCAGCUAGGGAGGACUUCGACGAGGACCCAUGGAUGACCGUCGUCCCGUACAUGAACCGGCAUCUCGACGAAUGGAACGAUAAUGAUUGGAAGGCGAUGGAGCGUGUCUGCCCUUGGGCAAGCCCUUACAAGUUUGCCAACAUGUUAGAGUUCGGGAGCCUCAUUGCACUGCCUGAUGGUGUCCUCCAGCGAAAGACCCUGGACGAUAAGGGUAAGCCGAUCCGCUACCGUACCAGCUUCAGACGUCGCCUCUACUGCGAGUACAUCAUAUCUUCGUCAAGAACUUGGGGAAGUUCGCAGAAGCAAGAGUUGGUGGACUGCGCUCGUCAUUGUUCAUUCUUGGAACACUACCCACCCCGUUGCCUAGAGACUUCUCCACAAGCUAUAUCGUAUUGUUGUGUGCGGUUGACUGAUGACGGAUGUCCUUUCGCCAGAGUGCUAUGUGUGGCUUCUUCAGACAAAAGUAGAAAACUGAUGGAUGUAGUUGUACUCGUGUCACGGAACGAGAUUGUACAACAGGAUUACAAAUUCAAGCCGGUGAUGUCUCGCCCCGAUGUAGAUGGGCGGUCAGAUUUCGUGAGAGCAGGUCAGGUCACAUGUUUAGAAUUGUUUUAUGAGGUGGAAGAGAAAGUGUUUGACAUACGAGACUGUACAGGGAAUUCCUUAGCACGACCCGGAGGGUUUGUUAGGAUGAAAUACAUAUCCGUGUUUUCGGAGAAUGCAACAGUCGACGAGCCGCAGAUCCAUGUGUAUGGAUCAUCUAUGAAUGCUAUGUAUGGCUUCUGUUCACGACCUCGUCCGCGGGAAACCCCGUAUGUCACAAGUUACGGACGUGUGGUCAGACCUUGUGUUGAAGGGAAAACAUGUUAAAAUACAAUCUUGUGGAACAUGAUGUCCAUGUGCAUGUGCACCUUGAA